AUGCCUUCUGAUACUACUAAUACAGAUUACGAUAUCGAAUCCUUACAAAAACAAGGUGGCAUUGUAUCUGAUAAAAAACUUUACAAUACUCAAUCACAAGAAUUUUUUGUUGAUGACACAUCUAGUCAUGGUUCAAAUGACGAUAUUCUCAUUGAAACUAAAUUAGGUUUUAUCAAUAGAUUUGCUGCAAAAUUAAAUACUGAGACAAAAGGUAUCGAACCUGUCACAGAAGAAGAACAAAAUGAUUCAUCUUUAUUGAAUGCAGCCUCUAUGUGGUUUUCUGCAAAUAUGGUUCUUGCAGCUUAUUCCAUUGGUGGGUUAGGUCCAAUGGUUUUCAAUUUAAAUUUUGGUACUUCUGUUCUAGUUAUAGUUUUCUUUAACAUUUUAGGAUUACUGCCAGUAGCAUUUUUUUCAUUAUUUGGUUCAGAAUUCGGUUUAAGACAAAUGGUCCUAUCUAGAUACUUAAUCGGUAAUGUUACUGCAAGAAUAUUUGCUUUAAUUAACGUCAUUGCCUGUGUUGGUUGGGGUAUUGUCAAUACUGUUGCAUCUGCUCAACUAUUUAAUCUAUUAGGGGAAAACUCUGGUCAUAGGUGUCCAUUAUGGGCCGGGUGUAUCAUCAUCAUCGGUGCUACCGUCAUGGUUACUUUCUUCGGUUAUAGAAUCAUCCAUACUUAUGAAAAAUAUUCUUGGAUUCCAAAUUUUGCUGUAUUUUUAGUUAUUAUUGCUAGAUUGAAAAUGUCAGGUAAUUUCAGUCAAGGUGAAUGGACUUCAGGUCCAACUACAGCUGGUAAUGUUCUUUCAUUCGGUUCUUCAGUAUUCGGCUUUGCUGCUGGAUGGACCACGUAUGCAUCAGAUUAUACUGUCUACAUGCCAAAGAAGACUAAUAAAUAUAAGAUUUUCUUUUCUCUAGUGGCUGGUCUAUCUUUCCCAUUAUUCUUCUGUAUGAUUCUAGGUGCUGCCUCUGCUAUGGGUGCCGUUAAUGAUCCAACCUGGAACCAAUACUAUCAAACUAAUUCUAUGGGUGGUUUAACUUAUGCUAUCCUAGUUCCAAACUCUUUACAUGGAUUUGGUGAAUUUUGUUGUGUUAUCCUAGCGUUAUCUACUGUUGCUAAUAAUGUUCCAAAUAUGUAUACUAUUGCAUUAUCUGCACAAGCAAUGUGGGAACCAUUUUCUAAGAUUCCAAGAAUUUUGUGGACUUUGGCAGGUAAUGGUGCUGCUUUAGGUAUCUCUAUUGCAGCUGUCUACUAUUUUGACGCAUUUAUGGAAUACUUUAUGGAUUCUAUUGGUUAUUACUUGGCUAUUUAUAUUUCUAUUGCGCUUUCAGAACAUUUAAUCUAUAGAAAAAAUUCCUACAGUAAUUAUAAUGUUGCUGAUUGGAAUGACAACAGUAAAUUGCCUAUUGGUAUUGCAGGAACUGCUGCAUUAAUAGUGGCUGCUUUUGGUGUUGCUUUGGGGAUGUGUCAAUCCUAUUGGGUUGGAGAAAUUUCUCGCUUAAUUGGUGAUUAUGGUGGUGAUAUUGGGUUUGAAUUAGGUGCUUCUUGGGCAUUCAUAACGUACAACAUAAUACGUCCUUUUGAACUUAAAUAUUAUGGUCGUUAA